AUGUUUUUGUUUUCUCUAAUAGCACAAACUUCUUCAAGAAAUUGCACCGACGUAAAUCCGUGGGAAAUGUUAUGCCCAGCAAAUGAUACAUGUACUUUAGAUGAAAAUGUAACAUUUACAUGCUAUGUUUUCCCAAGUACAAUUUGUGAUGGAGAAAGAACCAUACAAUUAUCUUUUCCAUGCAGAUAUUGCUAUCAGCUCCCAGUAUCUAACAUAACUUGCGAUGAUUGCGUUGAUUGUACUCCAAAGAUUGAUCAAUAUUUCUCAGAUUGUCGUCCUACACAGUAUUGCAUGGGUAACUCUAUAUUCCAACGAAAAAUAGUUUGUAAAGCUGCAGAAAAAUCUCAGAAAACCGCAUUCCUUCUUAGUCUCUUCUUAGGAGGAUUUGCUGCUGAUAGAUUCUACUUAGGAUACUACAUAUCUGCUGUAUUCAAAUGCCUGACAAUUGGAGGUUUUGGAAUCGCAUAUAUGUUUGAUCUUUUCCUAAUAUUAUUCGGAUACUUAGGACCAGCUAAUGGAAAGUUAUUUGUUGAAAGAAUUUAA